AUGAAGUUGUUUGGGACCGUAGCUCUGGUGGCUUUGUUGUUGAUCAUCCCAAACGAUGGCAGAAGACUACAGCAGAGAAGAAUUACAGCUAUAGUUGACGAGGUUGCAGAACUAAAAGCUCAAGUAGAGAAGUUAUCUGAACAAGUUCACAAGCUUGAGGAGCAGAGCCAUGGGGUUCAUAUUCAUUUAGGAAACGACCAUCAUGAUCACCAUGACGAUCACGACACCGGCUACCAUGCUGACCACGAUGGCCAUGACGAUCACGACACCGAACACCAUGCUGACCACGAUGAGCAUGGCGAUGACCACUCUAUUAAUACACAUGCUGACCACGAUGACAAUGUCGAUGACAGCCAAAGCACCCAUACCAAAGACAGCGAUUCCACAAACAUCGCCGAUGACAGCGAUUCAACAAACACCGGAGAUGACAAUCAUGACAAUCACCAUCAAAACGAACACCAUCAUAAACAUCGCCACAACACACACCAUCACAGCGAACACCAUGACAACCAUUACCCAAAUGCUCAUAACAUCUAUGUCAACAUGAAGCUUGAAGAGGGACAUGGUCAUUGCGAAAAGCAUUCAGAAGCGGUUCAUCAGGAACACGAGGUCCACGCACACUGUGAGAUAAUGCCCAACAUGCAGACUCCCGAUCUCACUUAUAAGAUCAGAGGACAUAUCGAGUUGACUCAGAAGCCCCACGAAGAUGAAGUGAGUGUUCACUACAACCUCAGGAAUCUGAAGCCAAGCGUAAGUCACGCUAUACAUGUACAUGAAAGCGGGGACAUGGAGCGGUGUUGUGACUCCCUCGGGGACCACUACAACCCUACCAAUAAACAACACGGAAUUGCUGGCAGCACUGAUAGAUUCAUCAAGACGUCGAUACCGGCCAUGGUACUCAGGGACCAAGACUAG